UUUGAACAAUCAAACUACAUUUUCCUUUCUAAACUCACCACCUCUUUUCCAUUCUCUUUCUUUCUUCAUUUUUCUUUCUUUUCUUCCUCUUUCUCUUUCUCUCUUUCUCUCAGCCUCAGUUUCACUUCAGUUUGUUGUUGUUCUCCGAUAUCAACGAAACCUCUUCAAUUUCUCUCUUCCUUAGUAUCGGGUCAAUUCGAGAACAUCAAGCUGGACUAUUCAAGAAAAGGAUCGCCCGUCAAAUGGGUUUUCAAAGAGAAAUACAAUUUGGAACAAAGGAAAAAGGAAUCGACCGUAAUUCGUGAAAAAUAUCCAGACAAAAUUCCGAUAAUCGCACAGAAAUCGCCCAAGUCUCACCUGAAAGAUUUGGACAAAUACAAACUACUCAUACCAUAUGAAGUGACCGUGGCCCAGUUGAUGUACUUACUUCGCGAUCGACUCAAAUUGACACAGAAAGAAUCAAUUUAUCUCUUCAUAGAUCGGACUUUGCCACAAUCAAGUGCCUUAAUUGGUGAGCUUUGGUAUCGACAUCGGGAUGAAGAUGGUUUUCUUUACGUCAUGUUUAGCGAAGAAAACACCUUUGGAAGUCGCCAAAACUAAUUUUCCAGUUUCAUUUCCCUUUGAAGUUCAAUCGAAAAGUUUUCAAUUUUUCUACCUACAUUUUUAUGAUCGAAAAUAACAAAUAAAAACAACCUUUAAAAUCUCAA